CGAAAACGCAUAUCCGAUCCUACUGCCCUUUCCCCGACUGCUAUCUAGCACCCCCCGUCUUGCCUGCGUCAUAUUUUCCAACCACACGCGACGUCCCGAUCUUUGAGCAGGGCAGACCCCGUUUUAGCGGCAUCGCAAACCCCUUCCGAGUCCCACUUGCGGAAUAAAAACAUACCUCUGGGACCGUUGGGUGUCUAGUCACCGCUGUCAUGGCCAGUCUUCUCUACUACCCGGUCUACUUCCUCGAAGGCUGCGUCGCCCUCACCAUUGGCUUCUACAUGCUGUCCCUCAUCCUGCCCCGAGCAGCCUUCGUGGCCCGUUCGCUCGCCAGCUACCUCUCGCUGCUCCUCUGCGCCGGUUUCGGCGUCAUCACCUCCAUCGCCUUCUCCCUGCUCGGUCACGGCCAGAGCGCGCAAUGGGCCGUCGGCCGCUCCUUCAAGUACGUCAUGGCGCUGACCACGGGCGUCCGGUUCAAGAUCGACGACCCCAAGAACAUCCUCGGCAAAACCCGCCCCGCCGUCUUUAUUGGCAACCACCAGACCGAGCUCGACGUGCUCAUGCUGGGCUGCAUGUUCCCCAAGUAUUGCUCCGUUACGGCCAAGAGCUCGCUGCGCAAGACCCCCUUCCUCGGCUGGUUCAUGUCCCUCUCGGGUUCCAUCUUCAUCGACCGCGCUAGCAAGACCGACGCGCGCGCCGCUAUGGCCGGCGCCGCCAACCAGAUCCAGAAGAAGCAGCAGAGCGUCUACAUGUUCCCCGAGGGAACGAGGAGCUACUCCAAGGAGCCCGAGCUGCUACCAUUCAAGAAGGGCGCUUUCCACUUGGCUGUCCAGGCUCAGGUUCCCAUUGUGCCGGUUGUCGUUGCCAACUAUAGCCACGUCCUUAACGUGAAGGACUUUGUCUUCAACGCCGGAGUCAUUCCGAUGAAGGUCCUCGACCCCAUCGACACCACCGGCCUCACUACCGCCGACGUCGACGAGCUCUGCAAGAACACGCGCGACCUCAUGCUUAAGGAACUCAUCGCCCUUACCGCCAAGGCCCGCGGCCAGUCCGUCUCCGAAAUUUCCGCUGCGAACAACCACCCGAGCGUGGCCAAGACGUCCGGAACCGAUAUGCAUGUCGCCGCCUAAACGCAUGAUUUAAUACAAUUCGGCUGGAAAACAACAGCUAGGCAAAUUCAGAUAGACCAUGUGGAACUCUGCCCGUUUCGCUGCGCAGCAGCCCAGGACAGCGUGAAACCCUAUCAGCCAGCCAGCCCCGCGACGAGGAUGGACUGAACUGGGAUUGAGAUUAGCACUUUUCAACCCCCUAAGAAGAGGGUGGGAUGAGGAAAAAGAUAAGGAAGUAGCCGAU